AGAGAGAGACACCUGUGCUGUGGAGGAAGCCGCUCAGGGCGGACACCGCGCGCAUCAUGAGCCUCCGUACGGAAACCACAACGUGACGCGCGCGUGCUUGUUUUUCUUUUCGUCGCGUGCGGUCUCGCGCCUCAAUCCGAACGCGCUCGCGUUUAAUUAAUUAAUUAAUUAAUUAAUCAACCUCCCGCAUCUGGUGAUUGCGCACCUGUCUUGUCCGCGCUGUGAUGAUGUGCACCCCGGUCCUGACGCUGCUCCUGCUCGGGUGCUGCAGCCCGGCUUUCGGUGCUGCCCCUGCCCUCGCUCCUGCUCCUCCUGCGCCCGCUCCUGCAGCCGCCGCCGCCGCCGCACCGUUAGAUUUCGGAUCGGUACCGGGAGGAGUUUAUGAAACCGUGGCGUAUUACGAGCCCGGGCCGAUCGGCCUGCUGUUCAACAUGAUGCGAGCCUUCCUGCACGUGGUCCAGCCGAACCCCUUCCCUCAAGAUCUCGUCAUCCAAGUGGCAAAGGACAAGUUCGGAGCCAUCAAGUCCGAGUACCAGAAGCCAGAGAACAUUGUUCUGACACUGCAGGUGAUUUACUAUGAGCUGGGCUUUGUGGUGUGCGCGGUCAUCGGGAUUCUCUUCAUCGUGCUGGUGCCGCUGGUCGGAUUGCUCUUCUGCAUGUGCCGCUGCUGCGAUAACUGCGGAGGGGAGAUGCACCAGAGACAAAGGAAGAACGCGGACUGUCAGAGAGGCCUGCUCACCACGCUCCUGCUCACCACCACCUUCGUCAUCACUGCCGGGGUCCUGUGUGCAUACGCAGCCAAUCAGAACCUGAGUUCUCAGUUGAAGACCAUGAAGAGGCUUGUUAACAGUAACCUGAGAGACUUUUACACCUUUGCCAAUAACACACCAGCGCAAAUCGAUUACCUCGUGUCUCAAUAUGGAACCACCAAGGACCAUGUUCUCUUUGAUCUAGAAAAUGUAGGUCAGUUGUUGGGGGGAAAGAUACAUGAUGGGCUCGGAAAAAUAGUGCUUCCUGCCCUGGAUGAAGCACAAGACAUGGCUAAAGUGAUAAAGGAUACUAAAGUAGCUCUGGAGAACGUGAACCAGUCGUUGGGGGUUCUACAGCAGGGCACGGCACAGCUGCAGUCUAACCUAAGGAAGGUGCGAGCGGAUAUCAUGAACGCUCUCGACGACCCGCUGUGUGCUGACCCGCAGUCCCACAUGGUUAACAUCUGCGUGAACAUCCUCAGCUCGCUCAGCCAACUGGAGAUCAGUGCUAACUACUCAUCGCUCCCUGGUGUGAGGGGGCAGUUGGCCAAAGUGAAAGACGUUUUAAAGACCAACCUCAGCCAGAUAGUUUUCAAGGGGUCUGUAGCCUUCAAUGACACCCCGACCAUGGUAACAGACCAGACCAGUACCGUAGCUGCAGGAGUUCGAAGUUUGUUGGACGUCAUUGGCAACAACAUCACCAGAUUCUCCAAGAUGUUUCCGGUGCAGACUACGGUCAACAACGUCACCGUUUUCAUUAGCCACACACACUCACAAAUCGAGGAUCUUUACCCAGAGAUUGACAAAAUGGACUUUUAUAGGUGGAUUGGGUGUAUCACACUGUGCUGCAUGGUGGCGCUUAUCUUAGCUUUCAACUUCCUCGGUCUUCUGUGUGGAAUUCUGGGAUUUGACCGGCACGCCUCUCCUACGACCCGCGGCUGCGUGUCCAACACUGGGGGGAACCUGCUGAUGGCUGGUGUGGGCUUCAGCUUCAUGUUCUCCUGGGUGCUCAUGGGAGUGGUGACCGCGACGUUUGUCGUAGGAGGGAACGUUGAGAAGCUGGUGUGUGAACCUUUACACUCCAGAGAGCUGUUCAAGGUGUUGGACGCUCCGAAUCUGGUGAACCCUUCAUGGAAGCACUUCAUCCCUGGCUACCUGUAUAACGAUCCAGAAAUGGAUCUCACCGUGGAAAACAUUUACAGUACCUGUAAGGAGAACCGUGGGAUUUAUUCUGCCCUGCGUCUGGAUAGACUGUUCAACAUCUCAGCCCUGCUCAACACCAGCUCGUACACUAAGGAUGUGUCUACGAAGUUUGAUGCCCUGAAGGUGGACCUGAAUACGAUCGUCCUGCUGAACCCAGAGGGCAGACAGAACCUCAUCAACUUCACAGAGACUGGCAUUGACGAAAUCAACUUUGCAGCGUAUAUGGAGGAGCUCAGUAAAGAAGUGACUCGUGUCAACUUGCAGACAUUCGCCAACGACCUUGAUUCCCAAGCUGACAAGCUGACUAAAGGACCUGUACAGAUUUCUAUCAAGUAUCAAGCUAAUACACUUCGGAAGAUCUUCAACAGUCAGGUCAUCCCUCUUCAAGAGUCCAUGAAAUAUGUUAACGCAAGGAACACUAUGAACCAGAGCAUCAGGUUUCUAGAGAGGACUGCCUCAGAUAUACCAGACAAAAUAACAAAAAUACUUCAAGUCAUUGAAGAGGCACAGUAUCUCAUCACGCAUAAUGCAAGCUUUACUAUCAGUCAGGAAAGUGAAAAAUACAAGCAGACCAUCAUUGGCUACUUUAAACAGUAUAUCGACUGGAUCAAGACAGCAUUGAUGACGGAAGUGGCCGCGUGCAAACCUGUUAGUAACAUCGUUGACACUGCAGAGAUACUGGCCUGUGGCUUCUUCUUCGACUCAAUGAACACGUUCUGGUUUGGUUUGGGCUGCUCCGCUCUCUUCCUGCUGCCCAGCAUCAUCCUGUCUGUGAGGCUAGCCAAGUUUUACCGCAGAAUGGACACGGAGGACGUCUAUGACGACAUUGACACAAUUCCCAUGAAAACUAUGGAAAUUGGUAAUAAUGGUUAUUAUAAUGAACAUGUACAAGGUAUCCAAAACCCUGUAAUGUCAAGCCUCCCUGCCUAUGACACUAUGACUCGAUUCCCACGAGCCUCGGCGCCCCCUCGCCAUGGCGACUGGUGACACCAAGGAGGAACCUUUUUUUUUUUUUUUUUUCUUUCCUCAGUACUCAACAAAGUGCUGCUGGAAUCUGAUUUAAACUCUACACUACUCACCUGAUGAACAGCAGUCCCAGUUUAACGCGGGGAUGGGAUCAGAAGUGGACGCCCUGACACACUGACACAACAACCACACUGGAAUUGUUAUAAACUUUACCUGGAUAGAUAUUUAAGCUUGGCGUACAUCACAUCAGACCGGUACAGCUAUCAUGGAGCCAGAGACAUAAUCAUACACCAUUCAGCCAGUAUACACAGUAGAUACAUGAAUUCUCGUUUACAGUCAUGGUGCAGUCAGGUUUUUUUUUUUUGUGUGUGUAUGCUUCGACAUUCUAUGUUCAUUUUUGGUUUCCUGAACCUACCUCUCCAGCUUGUCUGAGGGACAAGAGUGGAGGAUUUUUUUUUUGUGUGUGUGUUUAAGGCAUUAACUACCUGCAGCACAAUUUGCUGUUUAAAGGGACCAUGCCGUUUAUGAGCCAACAACCUUAUAUAAUAUAUAUAUAUGUAUAUAAAAACAUGCUUGUAUAUGUGCUAAUACUGUCGUGAUGAUGCAAUAUGGGAUCGCUCUCGAGCCACGCGGAGGCUGAUGAACUUUUGCCUUGAUGUUUAUGGUAUAGUUAACGUCACCCUGAAAUCACACACCAUCCUCGUCACUUCUGCAUCUGGAAAUCUUCAAGAUGCAUUUUUUACAUGUAUAAUACCAUGUCAGACUUUUUAGAUAAAAUAACAACCUGGACGUUUUCGAUGUAAUUUAGUUUCUAUGAAUGGACAUUUUUAAAGCACUGCCCUUCUUAUAAUACUAACAAAAGCUCAUGAGCUGGAGUUUUUAGAUGUAGUUCUGUAACUCUCCACACACAAAACUGAUGCCAAAUCCUAUUUUUGUAGAUCUCAGGUCUCUUAACUAUAAUAAACCCAGUUUUUCCUUGCCUAUUUCAAAUGAUACAUAAUUGGUAAACUAUCAAAGUGUGAAUGUAACACGUCACUGUAAAAGGAAAAAAAAAAAAGGCUGUGUACUUUUUAAACAAGUGGUACCAGGAGCAAAUUUCUUUCACUGCUCGUUUGUUGCUAGGCCUUCAUAUUUCUGUAUGUGAUAAUAAUAAUAAUUAUAAUAAUAAUAAUGUCAGGUGCUAGAUAUUUUUUGAUCAUAACUGUUCAUGAUGUGAGAAUUCUUCUUUAUGAUAUGACAGUGUUAUGCAGGCCUUGAAUAAAAUGUUUACCUGAUUUCGUACAGCCCA